ACAGAUCUGUGAUCAGGAGCUCAUGCAGACACACAGCUCCAGCUCCUCUGCGCAUCUCUCAUUAUUCUGGAUCUGGAUCUUAUCAUGCCGUCCAUUCACACUGACGCUCUGCUGCUGGGCUUGAUGCUCUGGAUGGGGAUCCUGUGGGGGCAAAUCUCAACCCAAGAUGUGUCGACGGUGACUCCUCUGCCCAGCCUGGCUCCAGUAAUGCAGGCUCCAGCGCCCAGAGAUCCCCCCAAAGGAGCUGCCUCUGUUGGGCAGGAGCUCCUCCAGUCGGUCCUGUCCCGCAAGGAUCAUCUUCUGGCCCAGACGGGAGUGACUCUACCCAGCGCUUUACCCCCUGACCUGAUGCCCAUGCUGGGGAAGGGUUUGGGGGCCAGGGCGGAUGCUUUGUCACCUGAAAUGAGGAGGAUUUUCCCAGCACAUGACAGCACUGGGCGCCCUGAUGAGCUGCCCACUCAACCUCCAGAGCCUGUGGAGACGCCCCGCUGGGCCACGGAUGAACCAAUCUCAACGACCCAGCCCUCGGUCAGUGUUAACCCAGAAACACCAACUGCUGCUAUCACCACAGCUCAAUCAAACUGCAGGGUGAAUUUCUCUGAGCCGGAGGGUUACAUUGAUUCAUCAGAUGAGCCGCCGCUUCCAGACGGAGCAUUCCUGCAGUGCAUCUACACCAUCAGUGUUUACACUGGAUACGGCGUCGAGCUGCAGGUGAAAAGUGUGAAUCUGUCAGAGGGCGAGCAGCUGUCAAUCAGAGGAGUAGAUGAAGACGGAGCCCUGCUCGUUCUGGCCAAUCAGACACUUCUGGUGGAGGGUCAGGUGAUCCGAAGUCCGACCAAUACGCUGUCAGUGUUUUACCGCUCGUCUCCAGAGGGAGGAGUCGGCCUGUUCCAGCUGCACUAUCAGAUAUUUCGGCUGAGUUGUGCUCUUCCUCGACGGCCUCAUUUUGGUGAGGUAUCAGUGAAAGAUCUGCAUCCUGGCGGAACGGCUCAUUUCCAGUGCCACAUGGGCUAUCACCUGCAGGGGGACGCCACGCUCACCUGCCUGAAUGCCUCGCUGCCCGUCUGGAGCCAGCACGAACCCAGCUGCAGAGCUCUGUGUGGCGGUGUUGUUAAAAACGCAACAGUGGGACGAGUGUUGUCCCCCUCACCCCAUUCGGGCCCCAACAGCACCCUGGACCGCAGCUGCUCCUGGUCUCUGGAGGCUCCAACCGGCCAGCGGCUGCACCUACACCUGGAGAGAAUGGUGUUGGGCAGCACAGACAGGCUUGUGUUAUGGAGUGGUCUCGAUGCUGGUUCGGUGGUCCUGUUUGAUUCUGGACGUGGAGGUCCGAUCCCGUUUGAGGGAGUGAUCAGCGAAGGUCCGGCGGUUCGGGUUCAGUUUAUAACAGACCAGCCGAACAGCCACAACACCGGCUUCAAUAUACGAUUUGAAGCGUUCGAGAAGGGACAUUGCUAUGAACCGUACAUUCAGAAUGGAAACUUCAGCACGACGGACCCAGCGUACGGUGUGGGGACGGUGGUGCAGUUCAGCUGUGACCCGGGACACUCUCUGGAGCAGGGUCCGCCCGUCAUCGAGUGCAUAAACACACGAGACCCCUACUGGAACGACACCGAGCCGCUCUGUAAAGCUCUGUGUGGUGGUGAUCUGUCGGGCCCCAGUGGAGUCAUUCUGUCCCCGAACUGGCCUGAAUGGUACGGUGAGGGUGAAGACUGCAGCUGGAGGAUCCACGUCGGGGAGGACAAGCGGGUCCUGCUGGACGUACAGCUGCUGAAUCUGAGCGACAGUGAUAUGCUCACUAUCCUGGAUGGGGAUGAAGUCACCACUCGUAUUCUGGGUCAGUUUGUGGGCGGCACCAGUCCCUUUAAGAUGUCAUCCUCCAGUCCAGACCUCACCAUCAGCUUCCACUCGGACCCGGCCGGCCUGGUGUUCGGGAAGGGCGAAGGCUUCAUCAUCAACUACAUGGAGGUGUCCCGCAAUGAUUCGUGCCCAGAUCUGCCUGAGAUUCAGAACGGCUGGAAAAGCACAUCUCACGCAGCGCUGGUGCGCGGAGCCCACAUCACAUACCAGUGUGACCCCGGGUACGACCUGGUGGGCAGUGAAACUCUCAUCUGUCAGGUGGACCUGAGCUGGAGCACACAGCCUCCGUUCUGUGAGAAGAUCAUGUAUUGUACAGACCCGGGACAUGUGGAUCACUCCACACGCACACUCUCUGACCCCAAACUGCUAGUCGGCACCACCAUCCAGUACAGCUGCAGUCCUGGAUUCGUCCUGCAGGGCGGCGCCACACUCACCUGCUAUGGCCGAGAGCCCGGCACCCCCGUGUGGACAUCUCACCUUCCACACUGCGUCUCAGAAGAAUCCGUGUCCUGUGAGAAUCCCGGCCUUCCUGACAAUGGCUACCAGAUUCUGUCUAAAAGACUUUACCUUCCAGGAGAGUCUCUGACCUUCAUGUGCUACCAGGGAUACGAGCUUAUUGGUGAAAUGGCUAUCAAGUGCAUUCUGGGAAAUCCCUCAUUCUGGAGUGGACCAUUACCCCUUUGCAGAGCCAAUCAUGAAUGUUCUGGCAAUCAUGCAUUAGAGGUGUCAGAGGCGGCUGCAGAAUCCUCUUUUGAUGGAGGAAGUUUGGCUCUGGCUAUAUUCAUCCUGGUGCUGCUGGUGUCUGCGGUCCUCGGAGGAACCUACAUCUACAUCACCAGAUGCAGAUAUCAUUCAAACCUGAGACUUCCUCUGAUGUAUCCGCAUCCUUACAGCCAGAUCACCGUGGAGACAGAGUUUGACAACCCUCUCUAUGAGACUGGAGGGCAGGACACAAGAGAAUAUGAGGUAUCCAUAUGAAGAGGCCCACAGAUCCCAUUCUGAUCCAAUGCUUACAGGAAGUGAUGUAAAUAGAUCCUGAAAACUCCACUCUCCCACCUCCCGAAAACUCCAGAGAGCGAGAGAGAGAGAAGGGCAUGAAGGGAAGGGUCUGUGAAUCUGCAAGUAUCAGAGCAGAGUUCAGUCGGCCAGUAGACUUUACUGUGGUUAAAUGUGAUUCUACACGUACGCACUCACCGCCGGUGAUUCAAAAGCGUGUGUGUGUGCGUGUGUGCUUGUGUGUGUGCGUGUGCGUGCGUGUGUAUGUGUGUGUGCGCGCGUGUGUGUGUGUUUAUACACUCAUCGGCCAACUUCUUAGGUACACCUGUUUCACUGAUCAUUAAUGCUAAUAUCUAAUCAGCCAAUCAUAUCGCUCGAUUCAAUUAAUACAAAAUCAGAGUGAUCCAGAAGUUUCUGCAGACUUUUAUUUCAGUUUGUUGAUGUAUUUCCAACUGAAAAUUAAUAUUGAGCAGGGAGGCAGGGUUUUAUUUUUGAGAACUAUAGAUUCUCUCAUCUUUCACUUUCAGCAAACUAACGGUCGGAGGGGUGUGGCUACACUUAUUUCAUCUUAAAUCUGAUCAGUAAAUCUAUAAAUUCAUGGAUAACAACAGUGGCUUAAUUAUAUUUCAGCAUUAAAAUAAACUUUUGCUGCUUGACACUAUUUUUAUUUGUCAUUUUGUGUUUCAAGAAUACAGUUGAAAUUAAAGAAUAUAUUAAACGCUACUUGUAAAAAGUUCUUAAUUUAACAACAUUACAGGCCUUAUUAAAAACAUACUACAGUAAUUUAAAAUAAAUAUUAUAGUGUUUUUCAACCCUACUAUAAUUUCGUAUUUGAAUUAAUUGGUUGUGGUGAUUCUACAGUUGCUAUGGUAACAACAACUCUAGUAUUAUAAACAAAUGAAUCUGUUGUAGUGAUUCUGCAGUUGCUACGGUAACACAACAACUAUAGUAAUGUAAGCAAAUUAAUCUGUUGUG